AUGUCGAAUUCCUUAUCGAUUGGCGAUUCUCCUCUCUCGUUUUCGAAUGCAGUUUACCUUGAACAUGAGCAAGAGGAGGAGGAGGAGGAGGAGCUGGAUGAGGAGGCUCCGAUCAGUGAGGAAUUCGAUUUUCACUAUGGGACACCGACGCAGCCAUUUCGAGAAAGCCUCCGCAAAUCAUUUUCAAAAAAGGUUCGACGCAAUUUCACGAUUCGCCCGAUUCUCGCUUCAACUCCAAGAGUUGCAUAUCGAAUGGGAGCCAGCAGCGCUUUGCAAUGCUUCUCGCGUGAGCCGAAUUUUGAGCCAAUUCCGGAAUUUUUUGAGAUGACCGAAAAUAUAAACGACAUGACAAGCAAUAGUCAAGGAUAUCGAUUCAUGAACAAUUAUGCGCUUUUCACUAACAAUCGCCGAAUUCAACUUGAUAUCAUUCCAAAAGUAACACAAUUGUCUCGUCGCUUUAUAGGUUUUAUUGAAGACGGUGUUCGCAACUUUCGACCGACCAAUUCGCCGGAAGACGGAUUUGAAGACGAGCCGCUUCAGAUCGAGUUUGCGCGCGACGAUCGAGAGCACAUCAAUUUGUCGGAAAUUUUCAGUGCAGCGGUUACUGGAAGAAGAAAAGUGGGGAAUCAACAGCAGAAACCGAACGGUGGUUCUCGCUUUCGAAACGUUCGAAACGAACGCGCAAAGGCUUCGAAUAGAGCAGAAACUUGCUGCUGCGGACUAUACGAAAUGGGAUCCCUUCAUCGUUCCGAGCCGAUGAAGCUCUACCAGAUGAUUCUGGUCAAAGAAGCUGCGUAUGAUUGUGUGGCAGAGUUAGGAAAACACGGAAAUGUGCAAUUUGUUGAUCUCAAUUCAAAACAGAGCAUGUAUACUAGGACAUUUGUGAAUCAGAUGCGACGGUGCGAAGAAAUGGAAAGAAAAUUAAGAUUUCUAGAAAAGCAGGUUAUAACAUGCGAUCCGGAACUCGACCCACAGUCCAUAGAUUUUUCCGAUUUAUCAGCUCCAUCGAUGUCAGAAAUUAUGCAAUUAGAGCUCCGCCUCGAUCAACUUGAAAAAGAAUUUGUGAGUCUCAAUGAGAACGACAUUCAGUUGCGCAGAAAUUUAAAUUCUUCUAAAGAAUAUUAUGAUUGUAUGGCAGCUGUUGAUGAGUUUUUCCAAGUUCACAAAGAUGAGGAUACUAGAGCGAAACUUGAAAAAUCGGCGACAGCUGAAGAGCUGGAAAUGUUCUCAAAAUCAUUUUCACAUGGUGGUCUACCGAGUAGCAACGAUAUUCCACUAACUCCGCUUCUUAAUCAGGAUGAUAAUGCUUGGUUUGUCGCAGGAGUUCUUCCAUGGGAUAAAACUGCCUCAUUUGAAAGGGUUCUUUGGAGAGCUUGUCGAAGAACAGCCUUUGUCAAAACGUCAGAUUCGUAUUUCACUAUUAGUGACCCUGUAACACUUGAACCCAUUCAAAAAUGUGUUUUCAUUGUAUUUUUCAAAGGAGAAAGUUUGGGGCAAAUUGUCGACAAAGUUUGUGAUGGAUUCAAUGCGACCCAAUAUCCAUGUCCAAAGACAUCGAAAGACCGCAAGAUGAAAAUGACGGAAAUUGAGGGUCGCAUUAAUGAUUUGACCAUUGUCAUCAACACAACCCAAACGCAUAGAUACCAAAUUCUCAAAGAAUUGUCGUUUGAGCUUCCUGGAAUGCUUAAAAAUAUCCAGAUUCAGAAAUCAGUUUAUCAUGUUAUGAACAUGUUUACAGUAGAUACUAACGGAUUCUUAGCAGGCGAGUGCUGGAUACCAGCAGCGGAAGAAGCCAAUGUGAAACUAGCUCUUAUUGCCGGAUUUAAGAAGAGUGGCACAGAAGUUGAGCCGAUUCUCAACAACGUUCACGCCAAUGUUCAACCACCCACGUAUCACAAAACCAAUAAAUUCACAAAAGUUUUCCAAAAUAUUGUCGAUUCAUAUGGUGUCAGUCAAUAUAGAGAAGUUAAUCCAGCACCUUAUACAAUCAUCACCUUUCCAUUUUUGUUCGCCAUCAUGUUUGGUGACGCUGCUCACGGCCUAAUUCUCUUGCUCGCUUCAUUAUUUUUCAUUUUUAAUGAGAGGAUGAUUAUAAAGAAGAAAAUCCGGGAUGAGAUUUUCAACACAUUCUUUGGCGGCCGAUAUAUUAUGAUGUUAAUGGGAUUGUUUUCAAUCUACACUGGUUUCAUGUAUAAUGACGCGUUUGCAAAAUCGGCGAAUGUGUUUGGAAGCGCAUGGAAAAAUCCCUACAAUUCGUCUUCGAUUAAUGGAUGGAUAAAUGAAGCAUUUCGGAAGAAGCGGGAGAUUCUCAUUGAAUUGAAUCCCGAACAGGCAUUUGACGCUGAGCAUGGCCCGUAUUACUUUGGAGUUGAUCCAAUUUGGAAUAUUGCUGAAAAUCGUCUUGUUUUUUUGAACUCGAUGAAAAUGAAAGCUUCAAUCAUCAUCGGAAUCGCGCAAAUGACAUUUGGAGUGUUCCUAUCAUUCCUCAAUCAUUUGCAUUUCAAUUCGUAUAUCGAUGUUCUCACCAAUUUCAUCCCUCAACUCAUCUUCCUCACAUGCAUAUUCAUCUACCUCUGUAUUCAGAUUGUAGUCAAAUGGGUAUAUUUUUCGGUGACGCCUGGAAAUGUACUUGGUUACGAAUAUCCCGGCGCCAAUUGUGCUCCUUCAUUGCUCAUUGGAUUGAUCAAUAUGUUUAUGCAGAAAUCAAGACCAGAAGGAUAUAUAGACAAUGACGGGCAUGUGCACAAAAACUGUCAUUUGGGAUUUUGGUAUCCGAAUCAGCAAUUUAUUGAAAUUGUGCUUCUCGUUGUUUCGAUUCUUUGUGUGCCGAUAAUGCUUGUUGGCAAACCAUUGUGGGUCCAUUUCGUCACCGCAAAGCGCCAUGUUAAAAAGCCGAACGCGUUGGCGUCGGCAGUUGCACCAUCGGCUGGCGCAACUGGUGAACUUCAGAAGAGUAAUGGCGCUGGAAGUUCGCAACAGGAAGAUGCGGAACUUCUGAUUCCUGAUGAGUUCGACAUCGACGAACAGGUCCACCACUCGCUUUCCGAUAUAUUUGUGCACCAGGCGAUUCACACUAUCGAGUUUGUUCUGGGAUGCGUCUCCCAUACGGCUUCCUAUCUUCGACUAUGGGCUCUUUCACUUGCUCAUGCACAGCUUUCGGAAGUUAUGUGGCACAUGGUGUUGAUUCAGGGCCUGAAUAUUUCCGAUGGUAUGCCGAUCUAUGUGAAGCCAAUAAUCACUGCGGUGACGUUUGCGAUAUUCGCAAUUCUGUCGCUAUCAAUUCUCAUAAUGAUGGAGGGAUUAUCGGCGUUUUUGCAUGCGCUUCGUCUGCAUUGGGUCGAGUUUCAGUCGAAAUUCUAUAUGGGAACUGGCCAUCAUUUCCAUGCGUUCUAUUUGAAAGAGUAUCUCGAAACGGCGCAAUUGGUCACCGAGGAGACCGACCGUAUUGCGGAUGUCUCGCGUGGAGUCCAUUAA